UAAAAUGGCUAAAAUGGGAAUUAGAAGGAAUGAAAUUAUAGAUAUACCUGCUGGUAAAGGCAAUAAUCAAAAAACAAAUGAUGGAGAAAUGGCAAAAUAGGUGGGAUGAGGGUAGUAGCGGGAGAAAGUAUUAGAAAGUACAAAAAUCUAUCAGCACACAAGGGGUGAAGAGAAAAAACAGAAAAGAGGAAAUAGUGUUAACUAGGAUGAGGCUCAAUCACACCGGGUUAAAUGACAAGAUGUUUUUGAUAGGGAAAUGUAAAUCAAAAGUAUGUAUGGAAUGCUAAAGUAUAGAGAACGUAGAACACAUAUUACUACACUGCAAGAGAUAUAGGGAAGAACGUGUAACGUUAAGGAAAAGAAUUAAGAAGAUAGGAAGGGAAUGGAGCAUUGAGGGUAUCUUAGGAACAGGUGGGGAGGGGGUAAGAGAUAUACAGAGGGCAGUGAUAGAAUAUUUGAAGGACACAGGAUUAUAUAAUAGAAUAUAGAUAAGUAUUAGAAUAUUUUAGUAUUAUAUUAUAUAGUAUUAUAUAGUAAUAUAUAGUAUUAUAUAAGUAUUAUUAUUAGGAUUAUUAUUAGUAGUAGUAUAAGUAGUCUCCUCACUAUCUAAGAUAGCAUAAAGUAAGAUACUGUAUAUGGCCCAUGUUACAUACUCCGGUACAGUAGGUGGCGGUAUGCACCUUUUCAAGUCAUGGUUGCAACCCGCCAUUAAACUAAAAGAAGAAGAAGAAGAAGCGCAUUGCAUUUUGGUCGCCGGCGCUGAGUAAGUGAAAGCAUUUCAAGCAAGCGAACUUUGUUCACUGCGUACGACGACCUCUGAUCCAGGAGCCACUUUGCGCUAUCAUGUCCUCAACAUCCCAAAAACAUAAAGACUUUGUGGCUGAGCCGAUGGGCGAGAAGCCCGUGGUGGCUCUGGCAGGCAUCGGAGAGGUCCUUGGAAAAAGGUUAGAGGAGAAAGGCUUUGAUAAGGCGUACGUUGUCCUUGGACAGUUUCUCUUGCUAAAGAAAGACGAGGAGCUUUUCAGAGAUUGGCUGAAGGACACGUGCGGGGCCAAUUCUAAACAGCAAGGUGACUGCUUUGGCUGUCUUAAAGAAUGGUGCGACGCCUUCCUAUAAACAAUUUGUCCUUUUUAUAUAUCAAUUUUUUUGUAGUGCAAACUGCUCAUCUGCUUUUUGGAUUGAUUUGAUGUUUAUUGACGGCAUCAGUUUUAUGAUAUUGAUAUUAUUACUGCGUUUUCACGGCCGUUCACAUCUUAAUGGAUCUUAAAAUGGAGGUAAAUGUAUGUGCUCAUUGCAAUUUAAUGUCAAUAAAAUGGAAUGCUGCCUUUGACCUGGAGAACACUUCCACAGCGUGAGUGUGAGGCUGACUGAAACGUUGGCUCAUCAGUACAUUUUGGGACGCUGAUGCACCAAAACUGAUUGCAGCCUUUCAUACGCUCAUUUCCUGUCUUGGAAAAGUAUUCACUUUGAAGUGUCGUGGAUUCUUGAAUGUCAAUUCUGAAUGUGCAUAAUUUUAAUUCCAACUGACUCAUACACACCAGCAGUGUUGAAGUGUUGAGCUCAAAAUGACAUUAAAAAAAAAAAGGUUAAACUUGCACUGUCCCUCGCUGAUAAUGAUGUACAAUUAGU